GAGUGCAGCUGCUGAACUUCCGGUUCUCGUUAUCCAAUCAGAGGCCGGAUCCAGGUGUACGGAGGGCUUUUAGUCGCAGCUGUGGCGGCUCCGGCCGUCAGCUUCCAGCCGCUCUUCGGUCGUUCCCCUCGGCAGAGAACAGUGGAGCAUGUCGGCGGUUCUCGGACGGAUGACGACGACGACGAUGAUGAUGAUGGUCUGGGUUUGGAUCAGUCUGCUGACUCUAGCCCGGUUCAACACGGCACAGGACCAGCACCGGGACGCCGAGCUCACGGCGCUGCUGGAGGAGACCGGGAGCGGCGGAAGACUUUCUCCGGUGCCAGUGUGGAAGUUCCUGAACGAGCGCCGUGACGGUGGUGAGGCGUCACAUUUCGGCCGGGCGCAGUAUCUCUGCAGCGGCAGCUCGCUGUCUGUUCGCUUCUCGCUCAUUCGACACACUGAUCUGCGCCUGGCAGACGGGAGGAGGUUGUUGACAGAUGGAUGUCAAGGUUCUGUUCGUAACCUCGGGCCGUGGAUGCUGCUGACGCUGCCUUAUACCAGCUGCCACUUGGCAUUAUGGGUUUCAAAUGGAACCUGGUUUCGUCAGCUGAGACUUCGUUACUUUGACCAUCUGCUGCAGGCAAACGUAACUGGUCUGGCCACCUGUGAGAAUCCUGCAACAUCCCUGCAACUGAUGCCACCGUUGGUGACUUGCAGAACAACAGAUGUCACUGUGAAACUGCCUCUUGGAACGUCGGGGCGCCCGUGGUGGUGGUCGCCGUGGGGGUCGUCGUCGGGGCAUCAGACGUGUCAGCCAGUGGUGGGGCGCCCGUGGUGGUGGUCGUCGUCGUGGCGCCCGUGGUGCUGCUGGUGGUGGUCGUCGUCGCCGGGGCGCCCGUGGUGCUGCUGGUGGUCGUUGUCGUCAUUGGGGCGCAAGUGGUGGGGGUGGUGGUGGUCGUCGUCGUCGGGGCGCAAGUGGUGGUGGUCGUCGUCGCGCAAGUGGUGGUGGUGCUGCUGGUACUGGUGGUAGUCGUCGGGGCACCAGGGGUGUCGAUUCCGGUAUACGGCCCUUCAGAAAUUUCAUCAAAUCCCCACAACUCAAAGAUUUCUGUGUCAGCAUCAGUCACUUCGUCAUUCCGGAACCCACUGGGCUCCGUCGGUUCCUGGAUGACGGGCUCCACUAGAACUUGCUCAAAGUCCCAAAGCUCCCACAGGUUGGGGUUUUGGAGAGCUCUUGGGAGUCGAUCCCGCCUAGUUUGUGUUGCUGCAGUGGAACAAGCUGCCAGCAUCGUGGAUGUUUUCCCAGCAGAGUCUAAAUAAAUCACUUCAAAGAUUGAAUCCCAGGGCACCCGGCGCACCCAGGACACCCAGGGCACCCAGCGCACCCGGGACACCCCGCGCACCCGGGGCACCCGGGACACCCGGGACACGGACGCCCCGAGCGCCUACAACGGGCGCCCUGCUGACUACCACCACCAUGGGUGGCCCCCAGCGCCCCAGGCGUCCCGAUGACGACCACCACCACGGGCGCCCCACCACUGCCUGACACGCCUGACCCACCCAUUCACCCCCUCACGUGUGUGUGUGUGUGUGUGUGUGUGUGUGUGUGUGUGUGAUAAUAAACCAAAGCAUUACUAAAUCCGUCUAUUCCCUUUUUUCCUAACUUGUAAAGAUUUGUUUGACUUGAGACUAUUGAGAUGCGCCUGUAGAUUUAAAUUAGAAUAUCAUGGUAAA